UUCCGUACCCACUGUAUAUAUAAUAAAUAUGAAGUAUCAUUCUUUAAAGGUCACGGUUAAAAUUGCAGCUUAAAAUAAUAUCAGAUCAUUUUCCACAUUUAAUGUAAUAUUGAAACUGUAAUUUUUGUAAGAAAUAAAGUCCCUUUGUUUUUCAUGUUAAUAUAUUACAUAAAUUGCACAAUUUUGCCUGAGGCAAAGUAAGUUUUGAUCAUGAUUUAAAGCAUCAACCUGGCGCCUGAUUCCUUGGUGAGCAUAGACUUAGGUUAUUCUCUCUCGGGACUGAAGGGUUCUGAGCGCAUUAGAGAGGCUAGAAACAAACAACACAGAGUAACAAUGAACAGAUGAAGAGGUUCAGCGCAAUAAAAUCACCUGCUCCUGUGGGAGUAUGCUCAGUUUAUCAAGUUAACAUGAAUACUUGGCAUUUAAAAACAUAUUAUAAUUAUUUGUAAAGAGGCAACAAUUAUUCCAAGAUCUUUGACUCAUAAUCAGAAAUGAAAAGCAACAGUAAAUGCAUUUAUACUUGUCAGGUUAAUUAAACGUGUGGCAGCUGCUCCUGGUCUCCAGGGUCUGAUCUCUGCUGCAGGCGGCGGGUCGUAAACACUGUGUCUCUCUCGGCCUUCCUGAUCUCAGUGGAUAAAAUGACGGGUACAGUGAAGAACAAACAAUUGUGCUGGAGUGCUUCGCAACAGAGCUGUUUUCUUUUCCUUAUAGUGGAAUACUGUGGAAAACGUAUUUUUCGUCCAGGGGCUCAAUUUAUAUUGGGCUUUCAGAUCUUUCACAGUGAUGCUCAGUAUUUCUGCAGCUCAUUAUUCAAUGCUGUAGAUUUUUUGGAGGGUCACUAAGAUUUAAGUGGGUUAUGAGGACAGGAGUGCAGGUGACCAUACUCUAGAUUUAUUAAAGUGUGUUGGUCAGGAUGGCUGUGGUUGAGAUGAGCGAAGCUCUUGGAUUGGAGGCUCUACGGGGUCAGAGCGCUGAUGCUCUACAACCUGUUUCCAGAAUGGUGCGGGUGUUCAUCAGCUCCACACACUCAGACAUGAAAAAUGAGAGAAAUGCAUUCUGGGAGAAGGCCUAUUCUGAGUUGCAGGCCCACUGCCAAAGUUUGGGUCUCGUCUUUGAGUUAGUGGAUCUCAGAUGCGGAGUGCGUGACCUCAUUGCAGCAGAUCAUUUGACAACGGAACUGUGCAUUAAAGAAAUUGAAACCUGUCAGAGAAUAUCAGAUGGACCGACUUUUAUUGCUCUGCUCGGUAAUCAGUACGGCCAUCGCCCCAUCCCAAACCUUAUACCAGAGACGGAGUUUGAGUCGCUGGUAUCAAAACUUUCCAAAGAUUCAGAUAGUUUAAUGCUCCUUAACCAAUGGUUCUCCAAAGACAGUAACUCAGUCCCACCCAUAUAUAUCCUCCAGCCAAUCACAGCUCACUAUCCUCAUUAUAAUGACAGGGGUUCUGAGAACGGACAGUUGCGUGAUAAUGAUGUCAUAUCCUGGAAUCUGACAGAGUCACGACUGCUGCAGGCUCUCCGCACUGCUGCCCAACAGGCUGAGAGAGACGGGGAUAUCAGUGUUGACCAUAAGCACAAGUUUUUCAAAUCUGUGUUAGAAUAUGAAAUGGAGCACGGAUUUCUCAAGACUCAAAGGGAUGCGUCAGCUGUGCUGUUUAUUCGUGAACUGCCUCGACUUAGUAAAAGAGAGUGCAAGAAAAACUUUGCAAAGUUUCUUCUGGACGUCACAGCUGACGGCUUGCUUGACACAGAAGCCCGGGAGCUCUUGGCUGACCUGAAGCAACGCAUCUGCAACACCGGUCGCCUCCAACCUCUCUGCAUGGAGCUCAGCAAAGGAGCCAUGGACCCGAGCCGCAAAGAACACAAGGAAUACCUGGGAAAACUGUGUGAGCAGGUAACAUCUCAAAUAAAGGAAAUGAUCAGCAGGAAUGCUCUGCAAACUUCAGGAGGUUGUAGCACAGGAGAUCCAGGAUGGUCUUGGUUGAAACAGGAGCUCUUCCAUCACGCCAUGCUGAGCGAGGAGAAGUGUUCUGUGUUUAAAGGGAGGGACAGCAUUCUGGGAAAGAUCUGCAUCACCAUGUGGGAGUCCACUAAUGCUUGCCAUGAACCUCUUCUGGUUCAUGGACCUUCAGGGGUUGGUAAAACAGCUCUGCUUUGCAAACUGGCACAGGAAAUGAGAGGCGUUGUUGAUCAUCGGGGAGUUGUGGUGCUGAGGCUGCUGGGAACAUCUCCACUCAGCUCGGAUGUUAAAUCUGUUCUCAGUGGUCUAUGUCUUCAAGUGUGUGGAGCUUUAGGGUUGAAGUUCCCCCACCCGCAUAUUGCCAACACGCACGAAGAGCUAGUCCGGUUUUUCCAUUCCAUGCUUGAAGACGUGUCAAAACAAGGAGACAUGCUCCUGCUCAUUCUAGACUCAGUGGACCAGCUGUUAGAGCCAGACAAGCCUCAUAAACUAGACUGGAUACCAAAAGCGAUCCCACCUAAUGUACAUAUUGUGCUCUCCAUGUCUGAUGAAUGUGUUGAGAAAUGUAAAUCUUUGGUUUCAGCAGAACAAAACAUCUUUAGAGUGGAACUUCUCACAGACGAUCAAGGGAAAGAUGCCAUUGAUGCCUACAUGAGCGCAGCUGGACGCAAGCUGACUUCAGAACAGUUUGACACCAUCUUACACAGCUUCCAGCAAAGCGGAAGCCCUUUGCAUCUGAAACUCAUGCUAGACAUGGCCAAGCAGUGGUCCUCCUGGACCUCCAUGUCUAGUGUUCACCUGGGCAUCUCUGCACAGGAAGUGAUGACACAGUUUGUGCAAUCACUUGAGGAGAACCAUGGGAAGAAGCUAGUUAGUCAUGCUUUGAGCUUCAUAUUGUUAUCAAGAUGUGGACUAUCAGAGGCAGAGUUACAGGAUGUCUUGUCAUUAGAUAAUGAUGUUCUGGCCGAGAUCUAUAAGUACUGGCUUCCUCCAAGCCACACGCUCCUGCGAUUCCCGCGACUUCAUUGGUCACGUCUCCGGCAUGACCUGAGAGCUCAUCUGGUGGAGAGAUGGGAGGGUGGUGUUAUUCUGCUGGGUUUUGCUCACAGGCAGUUCAAAGAGCUGGUAAGGAAGAGAUAUUUGUCACGUGAUAUGAAGGCUGACAUGCACGCCAUCCUCGCUGAAUAUUUCUCAGGACAGUGGAGUCAAGGGCAGCUCAGGCCUAUUCUUCUGCCCUCACUAACCACACUGCUAAAUGCUGACAGAAAGGUACCAUCACAGCCCUUGUGGUUCACUGGAGAAAUUGCCAAUUUACGGAAGCUUCAUGAACUGCCCUAUCACCUCGCUCAUGCAGGCAAAUGGGAGGAGCUACGCGAAUCAGUGCUCGGCAGUCUGGAUUGGUUGUGUUGUAAAACUCUGCAGUGUGGCGUGAGCUGUGUUAUUCAGGACCUGUCGCUUUGCACUGACCUCACAGACUGUCCUGAGAUACAAAUGCUGAAAGAGACAUUUCUGCUGCUUAAGCCCUCAUUAGAUUUUAGCGAUGGCCAUGUGGAUCCCUCACUUUUGGUCACAGAGAUCUUCACCAGGCUGCAGGGUCUUGCUGAUCUCUACCCCUCUAUGAUUGGUCAGCUGUGUUCUCAGUGCGUGGACUGGUUUAGUUCCUGUACUGACCCAGUGCUUGUGCCCAAAUGCAGCUUCUUUCAGGCCCCUGGGGGCCCACUGAAGAGCACCCUCACGGGCUUCACAAAAGGGGUAAAGGCCGUUGUGCUGUGCUCAAAGAGGGAGCUGCUGGUAGCAGGUUCAGAGGAUGGGCUGAUCAUAGUCUGGAGUCUAAGCCAUCUACAGACUCUUCAUACUCUUUCUGGACACACAGCGGGGGUGCUGUCCCUGAAGAUGGUGGAUAAAACCAAUAACUGUCUGUCUACUGCACUUGAUGGCACACUGAGAAAAUGGUGUCUGAUAAGUGGACAACAGCUUUUCUGCAUCACUGAUGCAGUGUCUGUCCAAACACACACCCCUGCACAUGUCCAUUUGAUUGAAGAAAAGAAGAUUAUCAUAACCAAUCCAAGCAGCCUAGUUAAAGCUUGGCACUUGGACACUGCUGAGCCUCUGUAUGAGGUGACAGCGGGGGUUUGUUCUGUUCUUGGUGUAGUGGGGGAUGCCAUAGCAUGCAUAUGCAGUGAGGGGGCGCUCUGUUUUUAUGACAUAUCCACUGGCGUGCAGAAUUCCCAGACCCCCCUACCCUGCUCUGCUGGACACCAUAAUAUCACCUGCUCUCUGACACUCACCAAAUAUGCCAAGAUACUCAUUGCUUUUGGGGAAGGCCGUCUACAUUCGGUAUGGAGCCAUGGAAUUGAGUCUGUGGUUGAUCUUCCUACUCCAGCUUUGUUCCUCAGAACAUCUGAGGAUGAAAAACUGCUGUUUGCAGGUGCCUUUACACGAUGUGACCGAACAUUGUGCGUGUUCCUUGUGACACUGACUUCAAUGCAGAAGGUUCUGGAUCUUCACCAUGAUGCAUCUGUCCUAUGUGCCGUCUCAAGCAGUGAAGGAAGUGAAAUCAUCACAAGUGCCCAGGAUCGGAUUAUACGGGUGUGGAGCGUAACCACAGGAGCCCUGCUGGACUGGAUCGGUGUGAUGGAUUCUGCUGUGUCCACUUUGGCUGUACAUCAGCGCACUAUUAUCUCUGCCUCUGUUAUUGCCAACCAGCUCAAAGUAUGGCAGCUGGACUACAACACCAAAGACAGGAGCAAGAGUUUCAUCCCAGCAUACUGCCCCCUAGUGGUCCUGUCGAAAGACGGUGAUACUGUAUUCUUUGUCAAAGAGGGAAAUGAAACAGAAGUUUUCACCUGGAGCUGUUCGGAAGGUCUACAGACAGACAGUAUGGAUGUGUCCUCAGAAGUGUGCUGCAUGGAAUUAGCCCAGCAGAAACAUCUACUCUUCUGUGGACUGCGGACUGGUACCAUCCUUAUUUACCCACUGGACUUUGCCCUAGAAACCCUGUGUCUGCCACCUCCAGAAAGCCUACCAACGGUACGCAGCAUGGCUAUCAGCCCACGGGAGGACAGAAUGGCCGUGGCAUAUGAGGAUGCGGUCUGUCUGUUUGAGAUUACAGCGAGGGACAGUUUCCCCUGUGUGGACGGCCCAUUUGAGAGGUACUCCUUGUGCUUACUGCAUUCUCCAAUCUCCGCCAUGGCUCUGCUGUCCGACUGCAGGCUGCUCUAUGGGACCUUUGGUGGUGAAGUUGUAAUCUAUGAUUUUAAGAGCGCCAGGGCAGCUGAGCUGGAUCACCACGGUGCAGCCAUAACCUGCAUCACCAUGAGCAACUGGGACGCACAAGCUUUGAUUGGCUCUCAAGACUGUGUUCAGAAGUUGUGGAAUCUGAGUCCUGUCUUGUUGAAUCACACCAUGGAGUACAAGGGUUUCUAUUUUGAAGGUGUCCUUUGUGCUGUCUUCUCAAUAAAUGAUAAAUAUGUCUUCACUGGAUCCCUGGACAAAACCAUCAAAGUCUGGGAUGUCUCUAGUGGUUGUUUGCUAUACAUCCAGUACGUCUACUCUCCAAUUAUAAAGAUGAUGCCACACAAGGACGGGUUUGUAGCUGUGUCCCAGCAUGGAUCUUUCAUCAAGGAAGGCUUCCAGUGUCCAGACACCCUCAAACCUGGAUACAACCCCCUCCGUAACUUCCAAGCACAUUACCGAGUCACCUCUCGGGAGAAAAGCCUGAAUGCUCCACAAACCAUGAUCAGCGAGCUGCCAGAUUAUAACCCUGCUCAGUUUAAUUUCAUUGGCAUCGGUUUGAUGAAAACCAAACCAUCUAACACGUGUGUUCUCUUGUAAGUACGUCCUACAUUCUCUUACGAACCCCAGAACCCCACAUUUGUAUAGAAUUAGGCUUUAUGCUAGGAUAUCAUGUGUAAUUUCAUAUCUGUAAUUACAUAGCAAUAACUGUGUAAUUACAUAAGAAAUUAAUUAGGAAUAAUAAAACAAUUGACUAUUUAGUCAUUUUUAUAGCAAUUUAAUCAAUUGUACAAUUGUUGUGUAAAAAGUAAACAGCGUGUAAAGGUCAGCAUGUUGUAAAAUAUAUUUUAAUAACAUUACAGAUAAUAUAAACAAAGACAGGGACUGAAAAAAUAGAAUUUUUUUUGUUAGUGCUGAUUUAAUCACAGCUUUUGGCUCACAGUAUAAAAAGGUAAUUAUCACAUUCUUUGCAUCUAACUUGUAACGUGUUAUAACUUGGUAUUUCAAUGGCAGUGCAUCAUUAAAUUCCAAUGCAAGCACAUGGUGAAAAGUGGUCAUACAAAACCAGUCAAGGCUUUCUGUUGCAACAAAGGUUUUGGGUCCUGUUAGAUUUCCUCUUCUUCUGUUGAACGGUUCUGAUUUGACAGAGCUGUACUGAAGCCAGUGACAUCAUACAUAUCUGAAGAACAGACAAAUCAUUUAUCAUCCUCAAUGUAAAGAGCUAGUUCGUUUUGUCUUUCUGCACAUGCAUUUAGUGUAUCCUACCAACAGGUUAUCAGCUAUAAGUCAGAGAUAAUGUUUCUAUGGUUGUAUUGUAGUGGCUCAAUAUGGGUUUUACUGUGAUGUGACUUUGGGUGGCUACUCAUGUGUAAUUAAUUAAUUAAUUGUAAUAUGUUUAAGAGAGUCCUGUAUGAAGAGAUCACUUUAUUUUUUAACUGAAAUAACAUUUAUACAUACAGUGGGAUCCAAAAGACAGAUGAAAAUUUUUCUAUUUUGCAGAUUUUUAAAAAAAUGGUUACAUGAAUUUUGGAUUUUUUUUGACAUGUCCUCUUUUUGCUGUACUGACAGCAGGCACACAAGCUAUAUGUACCCCACAAUUUGGGGCAAAAACUGAUCCAAAUCAUCCUGGAUUUUAUGAAUGUUCUAAGAAGCAUCAAUGGAAGCAUGCAAAUCUGACUUUUUGUAAUGAGGGAAUAGAUGUUUUGGUCCACUGUACUCUUUGUAGUUUUUAAUUCCAUAACAUAUCUAGAAGGGGGAAAAUAAUAAUGAUAUCUAUACAAUCUAUAUUUUAAAAAUAAGCAUUUGUUUCUGUGUAAUUUCUUUGUGUGAGGGAAUUAAAUAUAGUAAAUUAAUAUAGUUAUAUGUUAGAAAUUAAAUGUUAUAUAAUAUUGAUCAAAUUUGCUAUUGUUGAUUUAUUUGCUAUUUAUUGUUAAAAAUAAAUAACAGUAGUAGAUUUACCAUCUAUAUGUUUUGCUGAAAUUUAUUCUCCCACUUACAGACAAUCUCUCCCUAAUAUAUUUAGAAAAUUAUUGAUGUGCUAUAACUCAACAUUGGAAAUAAAUGGAACAAAUUAAA